UAUGAAGGUCUCUUGAUACCAAAACUUCUUUCUUCUUUACGUGCUUCUCUGAUCCUGUGGAGAUGAAAAUUGACAUCCAUAGUCAUAUUCUACCAAAAGAAUGGCCAGAUCUAAAAAAGAGAUUCGGCUAUGGAGGCUGGGUACAACUCCAACAUCACAGCAAGGGAGAAGCAAAGAUGCUGAAAGAUGGGAAGGUCUUCAGAGUGGUCCAAGAGAAUUGCUGGGAUCCAGAAGUUCGCAUUAGAGAAAUGGACCGAACAGGGGUGACGGUGCAAGCUCUUUCCACAGUUCCUGUUAUGUUUAGUUACUGGGCCAAACCUCAGGACACUUUGGACCUGUGCCAGCUUUUAAACAAUGACCUAGCUGCCACCGUUGCGAAGCACCCCAGGAGGUUUGUGGGUCUGGGGACAUUGCCCAUGCAGGCCCCUGAGCUGGCCGUCAAGGAGAUGGAGCGCUGUGUCAAGGAGCUGGGUUUUCCUGGGGUCCAGAUCGGCUCCCACAUCAACGAGUGGGACCUGAACACAAAGGAACUUUUCCCCGUCUACACAAUGGCUGAAAAGCUGAACUGUUCGCUAUUUGUCCACCCCUGGGACAUGCAGAUGGACGGACGAAUGGCCAAAUACUGGCUCCCUUGGCUUGUAGGAAUGCCAGCAGAGACCACCAUAGCCAUUUGCUCCAUGAUCAUGGGAGGAGUGUUCGAGAAAUUUCCUAAACUCAAAGUGUGUUUUGCACAUGGAGGUGGUGCCUUCCCUUUCACAGUAGGGAGAAUUUCCCAUGGAUUCAACAUGCGCCCAGAUCUGUGUGCCCAGGACAAUCUAAACAACCCAAAGAAAUACCUUGGAUCCUUUUACACAGACUCCUUGGUUCAAGAUCCUCUGGCACUGAAACUGUUAACAGAUGUCAUAGGAAAGGAUAAAGUCAUUUUGGGAACUGAUUACCCCUUUCCACUAGGGGAACUGGAACCUGGGAAACUGAUAGAGUCCAUAGAAGAAUUUGAUGCAGAAACAAAGGAUAAACUCAAAGCUGGCAAUGCUCUAGCAUUUUUGGGUCUUGAGAGAAAACAAUUUGAAUGACUGAAUUUACUACAAAGGCAAACAUUCAAGAAGAUAAUUUAUUUUUGUUUUUAAAUAUGUAUCACACAUGCACUACUAAAAUCUUAUUUUGAACUAUUUUAUCCAGAAAUAGAAUAUCCACAAAUGUUCUAAAUUAUUCAUAACAAAAAUGACUCACAGAAUUUGUUUUCAUUCUAAAAAGCAAUACCUUAUUUCAUGUGCAAAUCAAAAAUGAUUUUCCCAGCACUUCUUAAAUUAAUGGCAGAAAUAAAAAGCAAAAUGUCAAUCAUUCAUGAUUUAUAUGAAGAAAGACCAAAACCAGACUCAUCCUGGAGGGUUCAGGUAGCUUCUCCACUUUGAGCAAGUGUAUGUGAAUGGGCCCAAAUAACCUGUUUUCAGUUACUUUUAACACCUUCCACCAGUCCACAACUGGGCUGGGAAUGGUUUAGGUUCCAAAAAAAAUAAGUGAUAUAUAUGUAUGUCUAUAUAUAUAUUCCAUAAUCUCUAGAGGGUUUAUAGCCCAAUUAAAGAGGCAAGACAUGUUCGUGGAAUAAUUACUAAGCAAUACUUUAGGAGUCACAGAAGUUUCAGUAAGAAAAAUUCAUUUGGAUUCAAACUGGAGCAGAUCUUCACAGAACUUGGGCUGAGUCUCUAAGGAUAGACAGGCUUGUUCAGAGUUAGAGGAUGGGAAAGAGACAAGGAUACAAAACUAUAAGAAUAGGGAUUUCAAACUGAAUGAGAACUUAACCUACUCUGGAGAAAGGUUCUAGAAAAAGGUAAUUUACACCUUUACCAGAAGCUCUUUUAAUUUAAAAUACUGAGCAAAAUGAGUAAAGCUAGUUCUGGAGAUUGAGCAGGAUGAUUCCAGGGUAGCCUUGUUCUACUUAUUUCAUUUAUGGUAGUCCCAUUGGAGCUGCUGAAAAUGAACUUGGUCCUGGGAGGGGUGAUGAACAUCUGUGGUUCAUGUACCUCUGGCUGAAAUCUAAAAUCCAAAUAUAAUUUUUUAAAAUUA